GUAAUCAACAUUACUGCAUUAAUUACAAGAUGACUGACUUAAAUCGCUACACUGGAUUGGAUGAAGCAUACAAUGAAAAACAGCCAAUCAAACCAGCUGAUGAAAGCCAUGAAGGCUGUGAAAAACUGUGGUCACUACGGAAAUUUCCAAAAAGAUACAUUGUUGCAAUUAUGGCAUUUUUUGGAUUUUGUAAUGUGUAUGCACUCCGUGUGAAUCUCAGCAUUGCUUUGGUUGCCAUGACGACUAAUUACACCUUUUACAUCAAUGGGACGCAGCAGAUGGUGGGCCCCGAGUUCCAGUGGACUCGGCAGCAGGAGGGACUGAUCCUAGGGGCCUUCUUCUAUGGGUACAUCGUUACCCAGAUGCCUGGAGGUUUUUUAGCCAAUCGUAUUGGAGGAAAGCACUUGUUUGGAGGUGGUAUCCUGGUGACUGCUGUUUUGACCCUACUGACCCCUCUCUGUGCCCGCUGGAAUCUGUACCUCCUCAUCACCAUCCGCGUUAUCAUGGGGCUCUUCGAGGGUGUGACCUACCCUUCCAUUCAUGCUGUCUGGGCUAAGUGGGCACCUCCAAUGGAGAAGACCAAGCUUGCUACCUUUGCAUUUGCAGGUUCUUACUUCGGGACGGUGAUAUCAAUGCCGCUGUCUGGUGCCUUGGCUGAAAGUGCCGCAGGAUGGCCGUCAAUAUUUUACGUGUUUGGUACUAUUGCUAUUAUUUGGUUCCUGUUGUGGUGUUACAUCGUCGUGGAGAGUCCUUCUAAACAUACAUCCAUCUCAACCUCUGAACUGGAUUACAUCCAGUCUAAGAUCGGGUACACAGAGGAACAGUCUCAGGAUUUGAUGCCGCCGUGGAUACAGAUCAUCUCCUCCCCUGCAGUGUGGGCGAUUGUGGUGGCCCACUUCGCCGAGAAUUGGGGAUUUUAUACCUGGCUGACAGAACUGCCCUCCUUCAUGAAAUUUGCUCUGAAUUUCAAUAUUCAAAAUGCCGGGUUCCUGUCUGCCCUGCCUUACCUUGUGAUGGGGACUGUGGUGAUAUCUGCCGGAUUCCUAGCUGACUAUCUACGCUCGCAUUUCCAGCUCAACACAGGAUUGGUCAGGAAACUCUUCACAUGUGGAGCGUUUGGAUUUCAGGUUGUGUUUAUGGUCAGUGCCGGCUAUUCCACCUCCGUGAUUGGAGCAGUCACCUGUCUGAUUUUGGCCGUUGGUAUCGGAGGAUUUGCAUGGGCAGGAUUUAGUGUGAAUCAUUUGGACAUAGCACCUCAGUACGCCAGUAUCUUGAUGGGUGUAUCCAAUACCUUCGCCACCAUUCCUGGCAUUGUCAGUCCUCUGCUGACAAGCAUUAUUGUCGAGGAUAGGUCUGACGCUGGGUUGUGGCAGAUUGUGUUUUACUUGGCAGCCGGUAUAUACCUAGUUGGUGGUAUUCUGUUUGGUCUGCUGGCUUCUGGGGAGCGACAACGCUGGGCGGAGAUACCAACUGGCUACUUGUCUCAACAGGAUAUAGAAAGGGAUGAUCUUUGAUCUGUAUUAACCUGUAUUAGUAUUACACUGAUAGGAAUCACAGUUGACCUUCUAUCUGACCAAUUGGACGUCUGUCACAGCUGGAAACAUUGAAAUAAAUUACCUUAGACAUUGUCCAGCAAGUAUGCCCCAGAGUAUUGAAAAGGAUGACCUAUGACCUUCUCUCUUACCUAUUGGAAGCUUUUCUCAUGAGGACAAUGAUAAAAAUACCAAUAAUUUAUUGUAUCAGUAUUACAUAGACAGAAAAAACGUAUGGCGCCAGUGUGAUAAAUGUUCCUCUAUUUAAGGAGAUUCCUUAUCUAAAAAAAAAUCCCCAAAAGUAUUGCAGGGGGUGGAGAUAUCUUAGUUAAGAAAAGUCCUUAAUUUAAGUUCAUCCUUUGGAAAAAAAUGUGGAACCAGAGCUCAAGGUCUGAUCAAUUUUAUUUUAUGGUUCGAUAAUCAAAACUUUAAAAAAAGAUUGAAGAAGUUUUCUAAAUAAAUUAAGGAAUGUUUAUGAAACUGAUUUAUGACUAUCAUGCUGAAGUAGCCAUGCUACUGUAUGUCCUUCUAUCUGACCAAUCAGGUGCCCUGUUUCAUAAUGAUAUAGACAGUCAUGACCUUUGACCUUAGUGUUAUUCAACAGAUCGUAAGGUACAGUAUUGAGAUAAUGCAAUUUAUCAUAAACUAUUUAAAGUUAUAUCACGUAUAUCAAAUGUUAUGAUGCCAGUGUUUAUGUUAAGUGGUUUUUAGCUUGAUGUUCGAUGGUACUUACCUUCUAUAUAUAUAUAUUGACAUUUCUCCUUUCUUCACCUUAGCAAACUGUGACAGCUACAAAUUAAUGUAUACACAAUGAAAAAGGUCUCGGCGGAUUGAUACUUGUUUCAAAUAUGGCUCUGUGCACGUUUCUGUGAGAUGAUAGUCCGAUGACAACCAUUGGACCAUAAGGCCAAUGACAUAUAACACUAGAAAAUAUAAAUGUUAUUUACCAAGAUUAACCCUUUCACCACUGUAGACCAUAAUGGACUCAUCCAGAUCAAUGCAUAGUAGAGUCUACUAAAGUUGCAUAGGGGUGAAAGGGUUAAUGUACACCUCUUUAUACAGGGAAACUUUCACCGAGUCAAACUUUCGCCACUCACAGGUAAAAUCCAUAUUCCCCCAACAUCAUUUCGCCCAUCACAGUGUGACUCUCAGUCAAGCAGUUGGGCCAGUUCCUACCAGCAAGCACUGUCAGGUCUCUUGAAUGAAGUAUAUAUAACAUGAAGAUCACAUAAGCAUAAAUCAAGGAUGAUGCCUGGAUCUCAGAUGAGUUAUGGUGAACCGUCUGGUCAACCCUAACAUUUUCACAAUUAAGAACUUGAGAUAUGAUACUUGAUCUAUCUGCCAAUCAGAUACUGAGAUUCGGUACUUGAUAUAUCAGCCAUUCAGAUACUGAGAUUUGAUACUUUGUGUAUCAGCCAUUCAGAUACUGAGAUUUGAUACUUUGUGUAUCAGCCAAUCAGAUACUGAUAUUUGAUACUUUGUGUAUCAGCCAAUCAGAUACUGAGAUUUGAUACUUUUUCUAUCAGCCAAUCAGAUACUGAGAUUUGAUACUUUGUGUAUCAGCCAAUAAGAUACUGAGAUUCGAUACUUAGUGCCUAUUUGACACGUGAUGUAUACAACCAGAUUCAAUACACAGUAAAACCUCUUUUUAACAGCCCUCGGUUUAUUUGUUACCUCGCCUUCUGCCACUGUAGGUCACUGCCCAUUUUACUUUUUUUCUAAGCUGUAUCUCUAUAUAUCUGCCUGAAUAAAAGUGCCAACUCCUUUAAAUGAUGCCAACAUUCGCUGGACAAAUAAUGGCAGUAUAUUGAGGUUUGAUGUUUAAAUAAUCAGACCCCAAGUUUUGAUACGUGAUGUGUAUAUAUCUACCAAUAUUUCGGCUUA